UGUGGAUCUGAUUAAUGGCAGGAGGGACGUGCUUUCCAGAUGCAAUCUUGUUGGUGGUAAUUAUACCCGCAUAAUCUCUCGGGGAUGUGGAAGAUGCCUGUAUAAUGAACGUUGAAUCGGAGUAUUUUUAUACAGUUGAAUGUGAAGAGGUGUAAGUAAACCCUCAUGUGAUCAACAAUGUGAUUCUGUGGCUUUUCCCUGCCUCAACAUCUAUGCUUGGGAUCUACCCUUGAAUCUACUCCAGUUCUUCUUGAAGGGAGAAGAUGGCUGAAUGCUGCCCCUUUUCCUGUGUCAAGGGCUUUUUAAUAGCAUUCAACGUUAUAUUCUGGUUUUCUGGACCAGCAGUACUUGGAUUAUCAAUAUGGUUUUAUCUUACGGUAAACAUGUACAGUCCAGUCCUCGAUAUGUCGUCAUACAAUACCCAAUCCUACGUCAUGAUUGCAACAGGGGGCGCUUGCAUCGUUUGUGGUAUAUGUGGUUGCUUGGGAGGCGUCAACGAAAAUAAAUGGCUUAUCAGCUUUUUCAACUUUUCUCUUCUGGUGAUAUUCGGAUGUCAACUGUAUGCGUGCGUGGCUUCCUUCUAUAAGUAUGACAAGGUUGAUAUAAAUGUGCCAAGUGAUUUGAAUUACAGUAUUUAUCAUCUAUAUCACUAUAAAGAUGACUCGACAGAAGCUGUGGACAGGAUUCAACGAGAGUUACAUUGCUGUGGAUAUCAUGGACAUAUAGACUGGCGGUCAGCCCUGUAUUAUCAGGAUGUCACCUUAUCGGACAGCAGAGGGCGUGAAGUGCUACCGUCUUCCUGUUGCUGUGAUCCAGUCAACGCGCCGUGUAACGUAGCUGCGAACAUGCCGCCAGAUCCAAGUAGAAUAUAUACUAAAGGGUGCAAUACUGUGCUACGAGAUUGGAUCAAAACCAAACUAUUGAUAUUUGGCUGGGGAUCUUUUGUAUGUUCAUCUUUUCAGCUGAUGGGUAUCGUCCUGUCGUGUUGCAUGUACAAAGCUCUAUCAGACCUCUACAAAUAACUGACGUUAUACCUGUGUACGAUAUAUUCAUUUGUUGUAGCAGAAUUAAUGUUUAUUCGUUGACGAAUUUGGUUCGAUUUGUGGGAUUGGUGCGCUCAUGUUUAAAACGUGAAUAAUUUUUUGUUGACUAAACGUGUUUUAACGUUAAUGCAUUCGACGUUUGUUGAAACACUGUAGCUCGAAUCGUCCUAUUUGGAAAUGGCAGUGGAAGAUCAAAGGAAACCGGUUGUUUCAGAUAUAGUUUUUGCUUCGUCAAGAAACGUGCUACUUCGUAUUGUGUUGAUAGGAGACUGAACAAUCAACCGACAAGCACAUUUAAUCUAAAUGCUUCUUGAAGAUACCUUUUAUUAUAUUUAUUAAAGAAUAGGAUUCCGUCACAUUGUUAGAAUUGGUCAAAUAGUGUUAUCCACAAAUGUCACACAAAGAGUCUUUAUUAUGCCAUGACCCUUCCAAAGGUGCAGAGGAAAUUGGUGGAUCCAGAAGGGAAACCCAUGAUGACAAAGACUGGUGUACAGCACCACUAUGUGAUAGUCUGCAGUUAUAUGUUAAUAGUAUGCUAAUAAUAAAACCUUUCACGACCAUUACCUGUUUUGAAAGUAAUUUAUUAUAUACUUAUAUGAAUAGAUUUAGUUUAAUGAAAGCGA